AUGCCGCGGGGCUUCCUGGUGAAGCGAACCAAGCGGACCGGCGGCGCGUACCGGGCGCGCCUGGCCCAGCGGGGGCUCCCCGCGCCCGAGCCCCGGGGGGGGCCGCCCUGCGCCCAGGAGGCUUCCGGGGCUCCCGGGCCGGAUGCGGAGCCCGCGGCGCCCUCCAGCCGGGAGCCGGGGAAGGGGCUGGAGGAGGCGGCGGCGGCCCGGGAACUGUCGGGUUCGCCUUGCCGGGCUUCUGGGGUGAGCCCGGGGGCGGGCGGGCGGGAAGGUGCCGCGUGGAGGGCGGAUGGCAGGGCGAGCCCCCGGCCCAGCACCAGCCCUGCCAAGCCGGUGGGCGUGGAGCUGCGCCGGGCGUUCCUGGAGCGCUGCCUCCGCUCGCCCGCCUCCGCCGAGUCCUUCCCCGGGGGCGCCGCCGCCGUGGCCGCUUUCUCCUGCGCCCUGGCGCCGGCAGCCGCGCCGACCUCGGGGGAACCGUUCCAGCUGCCGCUCCGGGCGCCGUUCCCGGAGCCCGAGCUGCACCCGGACCCCGCGCCGCUCCCGGCCGCCCUGCACGGCCCGAAGCGUCCCGCCCCCGGCGAACGCGGCCGCGCCAAGGCGCCUCCGGGCUGCGCGCCGGGCCCCGCGGCGGCCGCGGGAGCCAAGAAGCCCAAGGCCAUGAGGAAGUUGAGCUUCGCGGACGAAGUGACCACGUCGCCCGUCCUGGGCCUGAAGAUCAAGGAGGAGGAGCCCGGGGCCCCGGCCCGCGGCCCGGGGGGCAGCCGCACGCCGCUGGGAGAGUUCAUCUGCCAGCUGUGCAAGGAGCAGUACGCGGACCCCUUCGCGCUGGCCCAGCACCGCUGCUCCCGCAUCGUGCGCGUGGAGUACCGCUGCCCCGAGUGCGACAAGGUCUUCAGCUGCCCGGCCAACCUCGCCUCCCACCGCCGCUGGCACAAGCCGCGUCCCGCGGUGGCCGCCGCCGCCGCCGCCUCCAUGGACCGGAAGCUGCCUCCCCCGGCCUCCCCGGGCCCCGCGGCCGUGGCCUCUUUCCUGGCGGAGGGGAAGGAGAACAGCCGCGCGGAGCAGGCGGGGAAUCAGCACCUGCAGCCGAGGGACAGCUCCCGCGUGGAGCCGCGCCCGGACGGCGCCCCACCGCAGGGCCUCCCGGCGCUGUCCCCCCUCGAGGCGCCGCUGCCUCGGGUCCCCUACGCCGAAGGGGUAUUGGGGCGUCGGCUGCCCGGGCCGGGCAGUGCCGGUGGAGUCGGGGGACCCGAGAUCUUCGUGUGCCCCUAUUGCCACAAAAAGUUCCGCCGCCAAGCCUACCUGCGCAAGCACCUGGGCACUCACGAGGCGGGUGCGGCCCGCGCGCUGGCCCCGGGCUUUGGCUCCGAACGCGGGGUCCCGCUGGCCUUCACCUGCCCGCUGUGCGGGGCGCACUUCCCGUCCGCGGACAUCAGGGACAAGCACCGGCUGUGGCACGCGGUCCGGGAGGAGCUGCUCCUGCCAGCUUUGGCCGGCGCUGCCCCGGAAGCCCCGAGCCCGGGAGGGCCGUCCAACGGGAGUGCCCAGCAGAUUUUCUCGUGCAAGCACUGCCCGUCCACGUUCUUCAGCUCCCCGGGGCUGACGCGGCACAUCAACAAGUGCCACCCCUCCGAGAGCCGGCAGGUGCUGCUGCUGCAGAUGCCCCUGCGGCCCGGCUGUUGA